UGAUUCCUUGCUUCCUUGCUUUGUAGCAAUUUGCAAUUCUCUCUCUCUCUCUCUCAACUCAGUCCCUCUGUCUCUCUGAAUCUUUAAGGUCCAACUACUCCUGCUUUUAAGUUUCAACGACCCCAACUCGAUCAGAUCAAAGCUUUUACUCUUUUGCAAAUGGCGAUGUGGGCUCUGCUUCAUCUUCUCACCACCGCCCUCGUUUUCUCUUGGCCAUUGACACCCGCCACUGCAAACUUAGAAGGGGAUGCUCUCUUUGCUUUGAGAAGAGCUGUCAAGGACCCGAACAAUGUUCUCCAGAGCUGGGAUCCAACCCUGGUUGAUCCCUGCACUUGGUUUCACGUCACCUGCGACGGCGAUAAUCGAGUCACUCGACUAGACCUUGGAAAUGCAAACCUGGUCGGUAGUCUAGUACCUGAGCUGGGCAAGCUCGAACGCCUUCAAUAUCUGGAACUGUACAUGAACAACUUGACUGGUUCUAUACCAAAAGAGCUGGGAGGAUUGAAGAGCCUUGUGAGCUUGGAUCUCUACCACAACAACUUCACUGGGUCCAUCCCUUCCUCGCUUUCCAACCUCUCCAAUCUUAACUUCUUGCGGCUAAAUGGUAACAGACUGACCGGAACUAUACCGAGGAAACUUACAAAACUCGGAAGCCUCAAAAUCUUUGAUGUAUCCAACAACGAUUUAUGUGGUACCUUCCCAACCUCAGGCUCCUUCUCCAAGUUCUCAGAAGAAAGUUUCAAGAAUAACCCAAGAUUGGAAGGACCAGAGCUGAUGGGAUUUGUCAGAUACGAUAUUACAGGAAACUGCAAAUGAUGUGUACCACUCACUACCAGGAUGCAACAAAGUGUUGCCAAUUCCACCUCCAUAAUAAAAAAUCCCAACUAUAUUUAAAUGUAAACCUUUUGUUAUUCGGAAGCUUCUAAACAUCGUGUUUCAUCAAUAUAAAUCCUACAAUUUUGUAC